GCCGCGCUGUGAAGCCCCAAAGGCGGAAGUGGGUUCCCGGAAGCGACGGUUACCAUGGAGCCAUCGGAGGACUGGCUGGUGGAAUCCUUGCGCUUGUAUCAGGAUUUCUUUGCAUUUGACCUCUCAGGAGCCACUCGAGUCCUCGAAUGGAUUGAUGACAAAGGAGUCUUUGUGGCUGGCUAUGAAAGCCUAAGAAAAAAUGAGAUUCUUCAUCUGAUACUACCUCUCAGGCUUUCUGUAAAAGAAAACCAGGGCUUAUUCCCAGAAAGAGAUUUCAGAGUGUGCCAUGGAGGAUUUUCAGACAGGUCUGUCUUUGAUCUGAAGCACAUACCAGACUCCAGCUUGCUGGUGACCAGUGGCCUUCCAGGUUGUUAUCUGCAAGUGUGGCAGGUCAUGGAGGACAGUGAUGUCAUUAAAGCUGUUGGCACCAUUCCUGUACAUGAGAAAGAGGAAAAUCUCUGGCCUAGAGUAGCCAUCUUCUCUUCAGUGACACCUGGAGUCCUCCAUGGGGUGAGGCUCAGCAGUCUGCAGAUUGUGGAUCUGGAAUCCCAGAAGACCACAUACACCUCAGGUGUCAGUGACAGUGAAGAGCUCAGUAGCCUGCAGGUCCUAAGCGCAGACACCUUCGCCUUCUGCUGCACCUCAGGCCGGCUGGGGCUUGUAGACAUCCGCCAGAAGUGGGCACCACUGGAGAACUGUAGCCUCAGCUCUCAGUCAGGUGGAGAAAGAUGGUGUGCAAAAGUUGGGGGCAGGGGCCUGGGCCCUGGGCCUAGCAUUGCCAGCCUCAGCUCAGAUGGGCAGCUCCGCCUCUUUGACUCCCGGGUUCUCUGCCAUCCUGUGAGCUCAGUCCACUGCCCAGUGUCCACACCUAGUCCCAACCCAGAGCUGCUGCAAGUGACAUGGGCCCCAGGCUUGGACAACUGUUUGGCCAUAUCAGGUUUUGAUGGGACAGUCCAGAUCUAUGAUGUAACGUCUUGGAAUGGAAUAGGGAGGCAAAUAGAGCCUCUCUUCACUCAUAGAGGUCAUAUCUUCCUAGAUGGAAAUGGGAUGGACACUGCCCCACUGGUCACCACCCACACCUGGCAUCCCUGCAAACCAAGGACUGUGUUAUCAGCAGCAAGUGAUGCUUCUCUUCAUGUGUGGGACUGGGUGGACCUUCAUGCCUCCCAGUGACACCAGCAGCAUCUUUCUGUCUAGGCCUCUAGGAAGAAGAGGAGCUACUGUGGUGGCAGAGGAAUUGAUGUAGGACUCAACUGACCACAAUUCCUUGUUGUCAGCUGUGUGGCCUUUGGCAGGUCAACCAGCCUCUCUUAGCCCCAGUUUCCAUUAUUUAUAAAAUCAGGAUAGUGACAGCUACCUUGCAGGGUUGUUGGGAAUGUUAGAAGGAAUGCAUGGCAUAGUAAAUUAUUUGGUAGACACUAUUAGAUCUGGGAGCCCCAUUUCCCCUAAGUGUAAGAUGGCAGUGCUUUGUCCCUGUAUUCUUCACUGUAUCAUAGUGAGAAUCAGAAGAGCUAAUGAAUGCAAACAUGUUUCUGUGGACUUUUCUACAGAAUAAAAAAAUGCAUAAGGACCAGUAAACAUGAAAAAUGACAACCCCAGUAGCAAUAAAGGAAAUAGCAAUUAAAACAACAUUAUUCCAUUUUUACUUUCCUAACUGCCAAAUGUGACAAGUAUUGCUUU